UGAACCAGCAAUAUGUAGUACAUGUAUACUGCACAGUAAGCAAAAAUUAAUCCCUUCGAUUAGAAGUUAAUCAACAAAACAGGCCUCUGCAGUUGGAUGGAGAUUAUCAAGAUUAAAAACCAAUGAUUAUUACCAAAGUUGAAGUGGAGAAUGACAGAGUUCUGCAAGUGGUUGAAGAUUGCCACAGUUUCAAGGAAUCCUCCUUCCAUCAACACCUAUGAAACAGAAAUGGGUAAGUUGAGUUAAUUCUGGCUGGUAACAGAGAUGACUGAUAAUUAUUAAUCAGAUUUCUAAACUAAUUUCAAAAUGGUACAACGCAUUUGUCAAUGACAUUUAAGCUGAUUUAGCUACUUCCAGAUUUCCAUGGACUUUACAGGCGAAGGCCGAAAGGUAUGAUCUCUGCUCUGCUCUGCUCAUUUGGCGUUGAACUUGAUUAAUUUAUCACCUGGAACUGAGUUACAAGCAGGAGCAACUUGAUUUGGCCUUGCACCUGAAAUUGAGUUAAAGCAUUUCAAGUGCACUAGCAGUUUUAUCACGCCUUUGCAGUAAACACUGGGCCUUCUUCCUUUCUAUCAAUCCAACUUUUACUACAUAACCAUAGACUCGCAUAAUUUUACAACAUGCCCAUAACUACAAGCCACAACCGUGGAGUUCCAAGACACUACAUUAGAAGUAGCCCACCUGAUUCUUGUCUUAUUGCCAAUAUGUCCUCACAUAGAUCACCAUCCUCCACGUCUUCACAUUUCUUACACGCAUUUCAUCAAACAAUCCAUAGGCAAAGUGAGUUUUAUUCACCCAUUAGUCUAUAGAUGCCAUAAAUUAAUUAUAGUCUCCCAAUUGGCCUUAAAUAAAUGAUAUCUUAUAAAUCUACAUUUUAAUAGAUUUAUAUUUUAUAAUGCAUAGAAUAUUAAUUUUAAAAAUUUUGAAUCGAGAUUGAAGUAUACUAAAAACACUUCAAAAAAUCAUUUCAAAUUAAAAACAAUUUCGAAUUAAACUUUAAACCAGUGAUUCUGCUAUAAAAUGGGGAUGAAACUAAACCGUGGUGGGGUCUACAUGGAGAUGCAGCAGCAAUUAUGGUGGGUGGCGCAGCACCGUAUCAGGAAACCAAAGUAACAGUGGUAUCUGUAGACAAAUAACUGAAACCAAGAGACUGUGUCAACCCUCCCUCUCCUUCCUUCAUAUUAGUUGCUGCUUGCAUAUUUACAUGGCCAUCCUCAUUUCUAGGUCAACAAACACUGCUGCAUCACGUCAUAUGCAUGCCCUCUUAAUAGUAACAAACAAGAAAGAGAUCAUUUCUAAUAAAAAAAAAAUUUCUAAAUCUUGGAAAGAAAAGAAAGAAAAGAAAGAAAGGGGUUGGAAUCAAAAGGGAGCAAAAAUUGCGAAUAAUAAAGAAAAUGACCCACUCAGAGCAGAGGGGAGAAGUAGUUCAUCCUCUGCCAGUUCUAGAUCGUUUCCCAGGGAAAACAAUGUGUCUCGUGGCAGUGUUCCGUUGAUCGAUGGCGUUAUACUUAGUGAUUCACCUGUGCAAGAUCACAUCUCCAUUUUUGACACCACAGAUCUCCACCCAGCACCUUCCGCUUUGGUUCAUAAUGAGGUUGGAGAUUAUCCUCCUAUACAAAGCUUUGAGGACGCCAAAUACAUUUGCCUUUUGGAAUCUUCAAAGUUGUGGGCUAUUGCAGCUCCUAUAGCGUUUAAUAUCCUCUGCAAUUAUGGGGUUAAUUCAUUCACCAAUAUCUUUGUUGGUCACAUUGGAAAUGUUGAGCUAUCUGCUGUUGCAAUUGCUCUCUCUGUCAUUGCCAACUUCUCUUUUGGCUUCUUGUUUGGUAUGGGAAGUGCACUUGAGACGCUAUGUGGGCAAGCAUUUGGAGCAGGCCAAACAGAAUUACUUGGAGUGUACAUGCAACGUUCAUGGAUAAUCUUGUUUUCUGCAUGCUUCUUCUUAUUGCCGCUUUAUUUAUAUGCCACUCCAAUCCUAAAGAUCCUAGGAAUAGAAGCUGAUAUAGCAGUAAUUGCAGGCAGAUUUACAAUGCAAGUGAUCCCUCAAAUGUUUUCGCUGGCUAUCAAUUUCCCUACCCAAAAGUUCUUACAGGCACAAAGCAAGGUUGGAGUUCUGGCAUGGAUUGGUCUUGCAGCUCUAAUUAUACACAUUGGGUUGCUUUAUCUCUUCAUUAAUAUAUUCAAGUGGGGUUUGGCUGGUGCUGCUGCAGCCUAUGAUGUCUCAGCUUGGGGCAUUUCUUUGGCUCAAGUGGCUUAUGUCGUUGGUUGGUGCAAGGAUGGAUGGAGGGGUCUCUCUUGUAACGCCUUUAAGGACAUAUGGGGCUUUGUUAAACUUUCUAUAGCUUCAGCUGUGAUGAUUUGCCUUGAGAUUUGGUAUUUCAUGACCAUAAUUGUUCUUACUGGACACCUUGCAGAUCCUGUUAUUGCUGUUGGCUCUCUUUCUAUCUGCAUGAACAUCAAUGGCUGGGAAGGCAUGCUAUUCAUUGGAAUCAAUGCAGCUAUAAGCGUUAGAGUUUCUAAUGAGCUGGGAUCAGCACAUCCUAGAGCUGCAAAAUACUCUGUGAUUGUCACAUGCGUGGAGAGUCUCCUUAUAGGGAUACUUUGCGCAGGCAUUAUUUUAGCAACCAAGAAUGAGUUCUCCAACAUCUUUACUGAUAGCGUAGAGAUGAGGAAAGCAGUGGCCAAAUUAGCAUACCUUCUGGGUAUAACAAUGAUACUAAAUAGUGUUCAGCCGGUGAUAUCAGGUGUUGCUGUGGGAGGAGGGUGGCAAGCUUUGGUAGCUUAUAUAAACUUGUUCUGUUACUACUUAGUUGGACUCCCUCUUGGUUUUCUUCUUGGAUACAAAACAAGUUUACAUGUACAGGGAAUUUGGAUGGGCAUGAUUUUUGGGACUUUUCUGCAGACACUAAUCCUGGUUUACAUUAUCUGUAAAACCAACUGGAACAAAGAAGUUGAAGAGGCAUCUGAACGAAUGAAAACGUGGGGUGUACAAGAUGAUUCACACAACUGAUGUAGGAUAACCUCUGUAUUUAACCAUUAAUUAGUUUCUUCAAGAGGUAGUAGAUUUUGAUUUUUUAUCUUUUUUUUUUUACCCAAAUGUACAAGCUUUAUAUCAGCAUUACUUUCAUUAAUCAGUGUGUACAUUCUUCUUUGC